AUGGUGAUGGCGGAGGCCUUCAGGAACCUGCGUAGGCAGAAGGUUGACAUCUCUCGCCGGGGCAACGCUGGGGACUGUCUGGCAAACCCCGCCGCCCCCUGGAAUCAGGGCAUUGACAUGGAGCGCACCCUUAAACAGGUAUCUAACACUGCACCUCAAAGCCAUUUCGGUUCAUGAAAUACCUUAUUUCUGCAAACUCAAUGAUGUCCACAAAGGACAAACUGUCAAUACCACAAACUGUUUCCUUUGAAAUGUGUCUUAUUUAAAGUAGGACGAAGGUAUACCUGCAUUCUUUGUGACUCUGAUGAUAGUGUUUUGUCCUGUGUACAGGUCCGGCUGCAGGGACUAACAGGUAAUGUCCAGUUUGACCACUAUGGACGCAGGGUCAACUACACCAUGGACGUGUUUGAGCUGAAGAACAACGGACCCAGACGGGUAAGAUGACUACUGGUCCACCCACCUCACUGCCCACGCUGUCCUGCUAUCAUACCAUAACCCAGUCAUUUGAAAACAUAAUAACUAUAUGUUUGAAUAUCUAUUUACUAUAUGUUAACUAUAUGUUUCAUUUUAUUCUCAAUUUCCAUCACUGCCCAUGCUUUCUAGCUAACACCAUAAUAACUAUACCAUAAUACCACUAUAACAUAAUAACUCAAUCAUAUUGAAAACAUAAUAUGAACAUUUGAAUAACAAAUAACUUUGUUUCAUUUCAUUUUCAAUUUCCAUGGUUUAAAAUGCCAGAAGAGAACAUCUGUUUAUCUGUUUAUCAUCUUAUUAUUGUCUGUGUGUCUGUAGAACCUGGGUAUUGUGUAUUAGUGAGCUCUAUAUUCAAAUUGCUGCAUGAACAGUACACUCAGGCUUCGAGAAUAUGCGUGUGCAUGUGCUCCUGUGUGUGUGUGUGUGUGUGUUUUGCCGUGUCCUGUAUAUUAUUUUCAGCGCUGUGUGUGUACGUGCGGGACUCCAGCCAACUACGGUACGUGAAUAGAGAGAGGUGGAGAGGUAGAGAGAGAUAGUGAUGGAGGAGAGAGAAGGGGAUGAAGUGGAGGGGUGGUUGGGCCUGCCCACUGGCUGGCUCUGCAUACAUGCAUGUGUGCACACCACGCACGCGUGUACUUACACACACACACACACACAAACACACUCACACCUACCCGUGAGCUCGUCAAUCAUUCCUACCCUUAGCAGAGAGAGAAAGGAGCAGUUCACCCCCCUUCUUCCUGCUCAAUGGCAGACACCACCAGCAUGAAAUAAAACCCUGUCUAGCUUUAUUAGGUACCAUGUAUAAAACAGUAUAUAACAAUAACUUCCUUAGCUUGACUCACCUAUUAUACGACUCAGAUUCAUAUACUCUAUAAUAAAAAACUAAACAUUGUGCAUUUUAAUGUACUGUACAUGACACAAAAAAGCAUACAAUUUGUGUGACUCUUAUCCUUUGCAUGUAUACACACAAAAUAUCUCAGAUAGUCUCACAGAUCCUAACACCACAUAAUUAACACAAAUAUACUGGAAACGACACGUACUCUACGGUGAGUAAUCAUGACAAACACAUUCAAACAACGAAGAAAGCAUACCACGCACAAACACGCACGCACACACACACAUACUGUGCACACACACACACACACACCCUGGGCGUUUCACUCACUGUCCUCUCAUUGUCUCCAGAUGGGUUACUGGACGGAUUCAGACAAGCUGGUUCUGAUCCAGAAUGAAGUCCUCAAUCCCAAUGAAAUUAUGGAAAACAGAACUGUUGUGGUCACCACUAUCAUGGUAAGAUGCACUACAACCCUACUAACACACAUGCACAUGUGUACACACACACACACACACAAAGAGAGACACACAUGUGCACACACACAAAAAGACACACACACACCAUAGAGACACAGACACACACAUCCUCUAGCGCUCUCAAGUCUUAGUGUUCUCCCGGAAGGGCUUUCCUCUACCUUCCUUCAGUCACACAAACACACACAUUAUCCAAAACACACAUCAACAUUGGCACUGCAGAUGCUUUUGAGACGUUGUUACACUAGGUGUGAUGGAGAUUGUAUAAAUGUCACUGUAAGUGCAGUACCUGCCAUGACUAGCCUAGUCCCCUUUAUAAAAUGCAUGAGCUGCAUUCUGUAUCCUUGCCAGAGACUGCUACACCCACAUUUUAAGAGCUGUCAGUCAAUGUGGCCAGACAAAGUCAGAUUAUAUUACUCAAACACACACACACACACACACACACACACACACACACACACACACACACACACACACACACACACACACACACACACACACACACACACACAGACACACACACACAGACACAAACACAGGCACACGCAUGUACACACACAAACACACACACACAAACACACGUGCGCAAACAGAAACAUACAAACAACUCUCUGGGCACAACUUUCUCUUACACAGCACUCAUUGUUUAGUUAGUAGGCCUACUUACUAGAGCUCAUGACCCAACUGAUACUUGGACACAAAAUGGCUGCCUGUUUGCUUGGUUUCUGUUAGUUAAAUUUGGACUAAUACUGUAACCAUGUCUGCACCACAAUUCAAAAUGGCCACCGGUUGCAUGGAAUGUGAACUAUGGGUACUAAAUAAGAAGGCUUUUCAUACUACUGAGCCGAACCGAGCCAAGCCAAACCAAGCUGUGCUGAGCUGGCCUGGUUACGCAUCCAUCAUAGUUGCUGGAACUGAGCUGAAAAGGACAAUGUGAAAAGAAAAUGUCCACAGUUUGGCACAGUUUGGUUCGGGUCGGCAUGAUAGUGUGAAAACGGUGAAGAUGUGCUGUGUUUCUGAGAUUAAAGGUGGCUGACUAGAUAAGAGGAGUUGAAGAGAACAGGGUAAGAAAAGACAGAGUGAGUAGAGUAGGGAUGGAAAUGGGAUUGGAGAGUCAUACCUCAGCAGAAUCCUCCUCUUUUCAGCCCCUGGUGAGGAAACCCAUUUUAAGAAACUGAGAAACUGGACACAAGCAGAGACCAAAUGAAAGCACAUAUUGGGAAACUGACGGACAGUAUUGGACGUAACCAGAGCCAGAGUGAACCCCCUAAAGAACAGACUGAUGCAACGGAGAGCUGUGUCAUGAAUUCUAAUGCACACCUUAUUAGUUAACUGACCCAAGGGAUGGAUCUAUCCAGAGCCAAAAUGAACCCCCUCAAGAAGACACAAAAUGGACACAGUCUGACCAAAUUACGUUUUUUCUUUUUUUUACUGAACGAAGAUGGAGAGAGAUAGGAGUCACAAUGGACCCUUCGUCCUGCCUAAGGCAACAAGAAUGUUUGUUCAUCUAGUCAAACAUCCCAUCAACAUGGUUGCACUUAACUGUGUGUGUGUGUGUGUGUCUGCAAAUGUGUGUUUGCAUACAAUUGGUCUCAAUUAACUCUAGGAUAUAAAUGUUCUCAUUACAUGAAUUUCCAUGCCUGGCAUAUUCCAGGUGAUUAUGGCUGAUACAGUAUUUGGUAUUGAAAUGCAAAAAUGUAGAAAUGGAUGUUAAGAUUUUAACGAACUAACUUGAAAAAUGCUCUGAGGCUGCUCUGAAUCCGUGAGUUUCCAUUCAAUUUUUGUAUAUAAGAGCUUUAUAACACACCUUCUAAAGCACUGCCAUUUUUAUAAUUUCAGCUCAUAUACAUCACAUCACCAUGCUUCCAUAGAGCAUGAUAAUAUCAGUGUUUAACUAUGCUGGCUGUGUCGGAUAGCAUCUGUAAUGUGUGUUUGCGCUUGAUAAUGCACUUGAUAAUGUUUGUUUACUGUAAUAUACACUAAUUAAGCUUUCACUUCCGAAUUACAUUCUUUGUCGACUAUGAUAAGCCGAAACUGUAACUCAAACCUGGAACCUCAACUGUGCAGAAGUCUGUUAUUGUCAGAUACAAAGUCGAUCGAAAAAGUUUUGGGAGAGGAUGGAUGAGGUAUCAGGAGUAGGGCAUCAGUAUUAGGAAGUUGUCAGUUGUUAUACUUCCUAAUAUGGAUGCCGUGUAGUAGCUCCCCCUUGAUUCACCUAUAGUGAAGUUUAAUCUCCACACUAAACUUUGAAAAGUGCCAGGUAGCAUCUGUUCAGCUGUUUUUCAUGUAAAUAUGCAAUUAUUUCUCAUGACAAGCCUUCAUUUGGACUGGUAUAGGAAUCAUUCAUCCACAGUGAUAGCUCUGAAUAUGGCUCAUCUCGAGACUGAUAGUAAACGCCUGUGUCCGUCGCUCGCCUGAUUCAUAGGCUAUAUUCUUCAAAGCAUUUCACACAAAGAAGCCAUUAAAAUUGGUGUUAAGUUGUACAUGGGACAACGUUGUGCCAAAACCCUACAAGGGACCUAAGGGGAACAUAACCUAAUAUCCUUAGGACGUCCCCUGUUUGCUGAGGGUAUUUCAGAAUUAGGAAUGAGGGUAUGUCAGAAAUCAAAUACCCAUUUCCACCUCAUAUCAACGACAAGGCAACUGAAUGGUGUUUUAUCCCAACCACAGCAGCUGGGGGGACUUACUGAUAGCACCUGAACCUCAGCUGAGAAAGCACCUUGAACGUUUUCAAAUAGCUCAUUGUACUCAUGCUUGAAAUGUGCUCAAUUUACUGAAUGUCAUGCACCCAAUUGAAAAAUAAAGGUUUGAUUUGUGCCAUAAGUGGUUGGUGCUGACUGGGACACAGAUGAGCUGUUUUUUUUUGAGAGAGAGAGAGAGAGAGAGAGAGAGAGAGAGAGAGAGAGAGAGAGAGAGAGAGAGAGAGAGAGAGAGAGAGAGAGAGAGAGAUCGAGAGAGAGAGAGAGAGAGAGAGAGAGAGAGAUCCUCCCUCGCUCUGCGCUCCCUCGCUCAUAUCUCUCUCUCUCUCUCUCUCGCUCCUCUCUCCUUCUCUCUCUCUCUCUCAUCUUGGCGUAUUCUCGAGAGAGAGAGAGAGAGAGCGAGACCAGUGUCUCUUAUUCAAGGGAGCCCUGCACAUAUAAUUUCUAAAAAAUCUAAUACAAUAUUAAACAAGUAAAAUUCUGCACAGAUAAACAUACAUAAUAUACAUAAAACACAAUCAACUAAAACAAACACAUUCUAAACUGCCCCAGGGAUACUAAGGCCUCUAUGUGUACUGUUUUUGGGAGAAAAACGAAAGGCUGAUUUACCUAACUCUGAAGACACAAAAGGAGUCUCCAGAGUUAACCAACCCUGUGUUUUGGUUUGACAAGAAGUCCUGAAAAGGCUAGUAAAACAAAGGAAACUCGAGGGAUUUGGGGACGUUUCGCCGGUCCCCACAUGGAAAACAAGCUACACUGAACAAAAAUAUAAACGCAACAUGCAACAAUUUCAAAAGUUUUACUGAGUUAUAGUUCAUAUAAGGAAAUCAGUCAAUUUAAAUAAAUUCAUAAGGCCCUAAUCUAUGAAUUUCACAUGACUGGGAAUACAGAUAUGCAUCUGUUGGUCACAGAUACCUUAAAAAAAAGGUAGGGGCGUGGCUCAGAAAACCAGUCAGUAUCUGGUGUGACCACCAUUUGCCUCAUGCAGCACAACACAUCUCCUUCACAUAGAGAUUAUCAGGCAUUUGAUCGUGGCCUGUGGAAUGUUGUCCCGCUCCUCUUCAAUGGCUGUGCGACAUUGCUGGACAUUGGUGGGAACUGGAACAUGCGGUCGUACACGUCGAUCCAGAGCAUCCCAAACAUAUUCAAUGGGUGACGUCUGGUGAGUAUGCAGGCCAUGGAAUAACUGGGACAUUUUCACCUUCCAGGAAUUGUGUACAGAUACUAGCGACAUGGGGCCGAGCAUUAUCAUGCCCGAACAUGAGUCGGCGGAUGAAUGGCACGACAAUGGGCCUCAGAAUCUCGUCACGGUAUCUCUUUGCAUUCAAAUUGCCAUCGAUAAAAUGUAAUUGUGCUCGUUGUCCGUAGCUUAUGCCUGACCAUACCAUAAUCCCACCGCCACCAUGUGGCACUUUGUUCACAGCGUUGACAUCAGCACACCGCUCGCCCACAUGACGCCAUGAACACUGUCUGCCAUCUGCCCGGUACAGUUGAAACUGGGAUUCAUCCAUCAAGAGCACACUUCUCCAGCGUGCCAGUGACCAUCAAAGGUGAGCAUUUGAACACUGAAGUCGGUUACAACGCUGAACUGCAGUCAGGUCAAGACCCUGGUGAGGAUGACCAGCAUACAGAUGAGCUUCCCUGAGACGUUGUCUGACAGUUUGUGCAGAAAUUCUUGUGCAAACCCACAGUUUCAUCGGCUGUCCGGGUGGCUGGUCUCAGACCAUCCCGCAGGUGAAGAAGCCGGAUGUGGAGGUCCUGGGCUGGCGUGGUUACACAUGGUCUGCGGUUGUGAGGCCGGUUGGACAUACUGCCAAAUUCUCUAAAAUGACGUUGGAGGCGACUUAUGAAAUGAACAUUAAAUUCUCUGGCAACAGCUCUGGUGGACAUUCCUGCAGUCAGCAUGCCAAUUGCACACUCCCUCAAAACUUGAGACAUCUGUGGCAUUGUGUUGUGUGACAAAACUGCAUAUUUUAGAGUGGCCUUUUGUUGUCCCUAGCACAAGGUGUACAUGUGUAAUGAUCAUGCUAUUUAAUCAGCUUCUUGACAUGCCACACCUGUCAGGUGGAUGGAUUAUCUUGGCAAAGGAAAAAUACUCACUAAAAGGGAUGUAAAAUAAAUUGUGCACAACAUUUGAGAGAAAUAAGGUUUUUGUGCGUAAGAAAAAUGUAGGCCAUCUUUUAUUUCAGCUCAUGAAACAUGGGACCAACAGUUUACAUGUUGUGUUUAUAUUUUUGUUCAGUGUAUUUUAAGCUUAGUGGUUAGGUUUAGGGUUAGGGUUAGAAUUAGGGUUAGAAUUAAGGUUAGGGGUUAGGGGUUAGAGAAAAAGAGAGACAUGGAGUGCUUGGUUUGGUGUAUUAAACCCUAGAGUGAUUGGAUGUUUAAGGUCAAUAUAUAGCCCAGUAUAUAGUUUAUUUUUGUUUUAUUUAUUCAUCAAGAAACUAUCAAUAGGCUACAUAGCUUGAUCAAAUUGAUUUACAAAGACCUCCUGCAAGUCCUGCCCAUCACUAUACACUCUCUCCUCCUCUUUGCUCCAUGAUGCACCUUGGAAGGAACCACUUACUAGGGAGAAUGGGGGAUACUCUUUGCCUGGUCCAGUCAGUGUGACCCCUCUGCAAAAUACAGCUGAUGUAUCUUUUUUUAUAAAUAAUUAUGCUAAAACGUGGACUUAAACAUUACGUUUAGUAAUUCAUUUAACAUCAGAAAUGUUUAAAAACAGGACAAAUCUGAGGGGGCACGUUCCAUUGUGCCCCCUAAGGGCAUGAUGCCUCUGCACACACAUGUAUAUAUUAAAGACAGUAAAUGCAUGUGUGAGUUGACAUUCAAAUUGACAGAUACAGUCUGUCUGAUAUAUGAGGAGUAUGUACAGUACCAGUUAAAAGUUUGGACACACCUACUCAUUCAAGGGUUUUUCUUUCAUUUUCUUUUACAAUUUUCUACAUUGUAGAAUAAUUGUGAAGACAUCAAAACACAUAUGGAAUCAUGUAGUACCAAAAAAGUGUUAAACAAAUGAAAAUAUAUUUUAUAUUUGAGAUUCUUCAAAUAGCCACCCUUUACCUUGAUGACAGCUUUGCACACUCUUGGCAUUCUCUCAUCCAGCUUCAUGAGGUAGUCACCUAGAAUGGAUUUCAAUUAACAGGUGUGCCUUGUUAGAAGUUAAUUUGUGGAAUUUCUUUCCUUCUUAACGCGUUUGAGCCAAUCAGUUGUGUUGUGACAAGGUAGGGGUGGUAUAGAGAAGAUAGCCCUAGUUGGUAAAAGAUCAAGUCCAUUUUAUGGCAAGAACAGCUCAAAUAAGCAAUGAGAAACGACAGUCCAUCAUUACUUCAAGACAUGAAGGUCAGUCAAUUUGGAACAUUUCAAGAACUUUGAAAGUUUCUUCGAGUGCAGUCGAAAAAACCAUCAAGCGCUACGAUGAAAUUGGCUCUCAUGAGGACUGCACAGGAAAGGAAGACCCAGAGUUACCUCUGCUGCAGAGGAUAAGUUCAUUAGAGUUUCCAACCUCAGAAAUUGCAGCUCAAAUAAAUGCUUCACAGAGUUCAAGUAACAGACACAUCUCAGCAUCAACUGUUCAGAGGAGACUGUGUGAAUCAGGCCUUCAUGGUCGAAUUGCUGCAAAAAAAACACAACUAAAGGACACCAAUAAGAAGAAGAGACUUGCUUUGGCCAAGAAACACGAGCAAUGGACAUUAGACCAGUGAAAAUCUGUCCUUUGGUCUGGUGAGUCCAAAUUGGAGAUGUUUGGUUCCAUCCACCGUGUGAGACGCAGAGUAGGUGAACGGAUGAUCUCCGCAUGUGUGGUUCCCACCGUGAAGCAUGGAGGAGGAGGUGUGAUGGUGUAGGGGUGCUUUGCUGGUGACACUGUCUGUGAUUUAUUUAGAAUUCAAUGCACACUUAACCAGCAUGGCUACCACAGCAUUCUGCAGCGAUACACAAUCCCAUCUGGUUUGCACUUAGUGGGACUAUCAUUUUUUUUUAAACAGGACAAUGACCCAACACACCUCCAGGCUGUGUAAGGGCUAUUUGACCAAAAAUUAGAGUGAUGGAGUGCUGCAUCAGAUGACCUGGCCUCCACAUUGUGGUCCUCUGUAGCUCAAUUGGUAGAGCAUGGCGCUUGUAACGCCAGGGUAGUGGGUUCGAUCCCCGGGACCUCCCAUACGUAAAAAUGUAUGCAAACAUGACUAUAAAAGCGUCUGCUAAAUAUUAUAUUAUUAUUAUUACAUUCACCCGACCUCAACCCAAUUGAGAGUGUUUGGGAUGAGUUGGACCGCAGAGUGAAGGAAAAGCAGCCAACAAGUGCUCAGCAACUCCUUCAAGACUGUUGGAAAAGCAUUCCAGGUGAAGCUGGUUGAGAGUUUGCCAAGAGUGUGCAAAUCGGUCACCAAGGCAAAGGGUGGCUAGUUUGAAGAAUCUAAAAUCUAUAUUGAUUUGUUUAACACUUCUUUGGUUACUACAUUAUUCCAUAUGUGUUAUUUCAUAGUUUUGAUGUCUUCACUAUUAUUCUACAAUGUAGAAAUUAUUAAAAAGAAAGAAAACUUUUGACUGAUCCUGUAGGUGAUAUUUGGGUGUCUGUAAAUCCGGAGACACAGAGCCCCAAAAAAUCAAGGUAACAACAUUAUAUAUAUAAACGAGGACAGGGAAAAAUCAUUGUUUAGCCCCUUUGGAUCCACAGUGUCUAAGGAGUACUUCCAAAACACCUCUCUUUGUUUUAGUUUAGGUACAAUAUCACCUCCUCUUGGUGAAAUUUGGACCGUUCUAUGGCUACAAAACGCAGGGAGGAAGUUGAGCCAUGAUUGGCUUUGAUGCAGUGGCGCGCAAUAGCAUAGUCCGUGUUUUUAUUUAGAAUAGCAGCCUUAUAUUCUGCAAUGCGAAGUUUCAAUGCUCGUUUAAUUUGACCAAUAUAAGCAGCCCCGCAGAUACAUUUGAGCAUGUACACUACAAAACAAGUUCCCAGUUGUCUUGAACUCCCUGAAGUCAAGUUUUCGCAGUUCCGAGUUAACAGCUGUUUUGAGCGCGGCACAAAUCAUGCUUCAAUGAGAGCAUGGCCAAUUAAUCCCAGAUUUGGGACAACACAGCCACUCCACUGAAUAGCAGGCUAGUGAUUGCUUUGCAAUGCUUGCAGUUAGCCACUGAUUCCUUCCAAACCACUCAUUGUUGAAUUUGCGAUUUCCAACUUAUUGUGUAAUGUUUAUGUCCAAUGGCCAAUGAGCACCAAUACGUUUUAUCUAUAAUUUCUCUUCAUUAUUUAUCUUCAUAUGACAAGGAUUAAAAAGGAUUUGCCAGUAGAUUGUCGACUUGAUUCAUGAUGAUGACUGCUAGCUAAGAUUUUGAAAGUAUGAUUUUGACAUGAUCAGUCCAAUCAAAGCUACUGUAGAUAUAACGUGAUUUGACGUCAUUUUAUCUGUGGCCAAUGACCUUGAGCCUUCUUGGAUGGGGCACUUCUAAUGUAACUCUAUGGCAGCACCCAAUGGGCUUGAAUUUUCGAGCUUGGCGGUGACGUAGUGUCCCCAUGAGGGACAGAACACUGAGCCAAUCACGGCGCAACUAGAGAACAUUACCAAAACCUACGCUCCGUAUUUUCCACUGGCUUCCCCACCACCACAGAAAGCACUGAGCUAGGCUGAAGCAUCUGCAUUUUGGAGCUGCCUUACUCAAGAAAGCAAAAAAGAGGCAAUGUUUGUAUGCGGCUGUAUUAACUCAAUGAUUUUAAUUUAUUUUUUACAUUGUUUGCAAACUGAUAUGUGACACGUAUUAAUAACAAAAUAACAUGCAAAACAUGUGGGGCUCAAAACAGUUGGCGGGUCGCCACUGACCGGGUGGUUACUGUCUGCGUGUAAAAGUGUAUUCCUACUCUGCAGCUUGCGGAAGAUAGUAGACUCCAACUUUUUUUCUUUAAUUUUGUGGAUUGUAAGUUCCAAGAAGUCUAUUUUCUACCGACUUCUCUCUGCUGUGAAUUUGAGAUUGGGGUCAGAUAAAUUAAUAUAAGAAAUGAACUCUGAGAGGAGAGCGUCAGUACCGUUCUAUACCAGUAGGAUGUCGUCUAUGUAUCUUUUCCAAAGGGCGGCAUUCUGGAAAUAUGGGUUUUUCUGGACAUCAUCAAUUAAGUUCUCCUGCCAGUGUCCCAUAAAUAAAUGUGCAUAGUUGGGAGCGAAUUCAGCUCCCAUCACUGUACGCCGAAUCUGCUUGUAGAAACUGCCCGCAUAUUGGAAGUAAUUUGAUGUGAGGGCUUUUUCAGUGAGAGAUCGAUUAAAGUUAGAUGGAGGUAAGAUACCCUCCAGUCUAGUGUUGAGAUAGCGAGAGAGCGCUCGUAGGCCUGCGUCAUGUGGGAUAUUAGUGUAGAGAGACUGAACGUCAGGUGUAACCAAGAUGCUUUCAGUGUCGCAUCUAUAGGUAUUGAUGAUCUUAAGCACAUCCCUGGUAUCUCCUAAAAAGGCUGGCAAUACUGGCACAAAUUUAGAGAUGAAGAAAUCUACAUAAUGAGAUUAGCCGCUUGUUUAUGGAUGUUGUGGGACAAUUUAGCAAAAUCAUGUUCUGUCAGCCUACUGUAGGUGAGGGACUCAAAUUAGCAUAAGGCACAAAACUCGACUUCUUUUUGAAAGUCGUUUGUUCUCUCACAUCAGAAAUACCAGAUUUAUUAUAGUUUCUAAACACUGCAUUGCCAUUACACAAUGGUUGCCUGUUAGCAAAUAAUACAUUCUUUAAAUGUAAUUGGCGAACAAAUUUAAAAGUGUCAAAUUUCAAUGCAAAAGAUUCCAUCCUAUUAGAAGGGGAGAAAGAGAGUCCUUUACUCUGGACUGACACUUGGGCAUCCAUGAGAUCCUCUGGUGAUAUGUUGAUUACUGAAAGUUCUUACUGUGGUUCCGACUGGACCUCCUCAGGUGGGCUGGGGGUGGAUUCCCUCCCCCUCGAGCCUGCCUCGUCUUCCUGCAGGUUAGUGCUGGUUGCCUCGCGCCCUUAAAAAAGCGGGGUUGAUUCGGGAGGUAUAAAGUGAGGGAAAAAAUUAUUAUUAUUAUUUUUUGUUUUUUGUCAUUUAGCAGACACUCUUAUCCAGAGCGACUUACAGGAGCAAUUAGGGUUAAGUGCCUUGCUUAAGGGCACAUCGACAGAUUUUUCACCUAGUCGGCUCGGGGAUUAGAACCAGCGACCUUUCGGUUACUGGCACAACGCUCGGUACAUGGCACCGUCCAUCGUCCCUUUGAUGCAGUGAAGUUGUCCUGUCCCCUUAGCAGGAAAACACCUACAAAGCAUAAUGUUUCCACCUCCAGGUUUGACGGUGGGGAUGGUGUUCUUGGGGUCAUAGGCAGCAUUCCUCUUCCUCCAAACACGGCGAGUUGAGCUGAUGCCAAAGAGCUCGAUUUUGCUCUCAUCUGACCACAACACUUUCACCCAGUUCUCUGAAUCAUUCAGAUGUCCAUUGGCAAACUUCAGACAGGCCUGUAAAUGUGCUUUCUUGAGCAGGGGGACCUUGCGGCACUGCAGGAUUUCAGUCCUCACGGCGUAGUGUGUUACCAAUUGUUUUCUUGGAGACUAUGGUCCCAGCUACCUCCUGUGUAGUUCUGGGCUGAUUCCUCACCGUUCUCAUGAUCAUUGCAACUCCACGAGGUGAGAUCUUGCAUGGAGCCCCAGGCCGAGGGAGAUUGACAGUUAUUUUGUGUUUCUUCCAUUUGCGAAUAAUCACACCAACUGUUGUCACCUUCUCACCAAGCUGCUUGGCGAUGGUCUUUUAGCCCAUUCCAGCCUUGUGUAGGUCUACAAUCUUGUCCCUGACAUCCUUGGAGAGCUCUUUGGUCUUGGCCAUGGUUGAGAGUUUGGAAUCUGAUUGAUUGAUUGCUUCUGUGGACAGGUGUCUUUUAUAUAGGUAACAAGCUGAGAUUAGGAGCACUCCCUUUAAGAGUGUGCUCCUAAUCUCAGCUCGUUGCCUGAAUAAAAGACCUGGGAGCCAGGAAUCUUUCUGAUUGAGAGGGGGUCAAAUACUUAUUUCCCUCAUUAAAAUGCAGAUCAAUUUAUAACAUUUUUGACAUGCGUUUUUCUGGAUUUUUUUGUUGUUAUUGUGUCUCUCACUGUUCAAAUAAACCUACCAUUAAAAUUAUAGACUGAUAUUUCUUUGUCAGUGGGCAAACAUACAAAAUCAGCAGGGGAUCAAAUACUUUUUUCCCUCACUGUAAGAGUGACUCUGAAGCUUCUUGCUCGCUGGCAGAGGACAGGUGAGCAUCAUAGUACAGUAUAUUUAGUAGUGCAGUAUAUUUACAGUUGAAGUCGGAAGUUUACAUACACAUUAGCCAAAUACAUUUAAACUCAGUUUUUCACAAUUCCUGACAUUUAAUCCUAGUAAAAAUUCCCUGUCUUAGGUCAGUUUGUCACGAUCGUUAUAGGAAGCAGACCAAGGCGCAGCGUGAUAUGCGUACAUCUUUUAAUGAGUACUUUCCACAAAUAACAAAACAAAAAAACGAUACGUGAAGUCUACAGGUUCACCAACACAAACCUAUGCAGAACAAGAUCCCACAAUAAACUAGUGCCAACCGGCUGCCUAAUUAUGGUUCCCAAUCAGAGACAACGAGAAUCAGCUGCCUCUGAUUGGGAACCACCCUGGCCAACAUAGAAAACACGAACUAGAACGAAACAUAGAAAAUACAACAUAGACACUACACACCCUGGCUCAACAUUAAAGAGUCCCCAGAGCCAGGGCGUGACACAGUUAGGAUCACCACUUUAUUUUAAGAAUGUGAAAUGUCAGAAUAAUAGUAGAGAUAAUGAUUUAUUUCAUAUUUUAUUUAUUUCAUCACAUUUCCAGUGGGUCAGAAGCUUACAUACACUCAAUUAGUAUUUGGUAGCAUUGCCUAUAAAUUGUUUAACUUGGGUCAAACGUUUCGGGUAGCCUUCCACAAGCUUCCCACAAUAAGUUGGGUGAAUUUUGGCCCAUUCCUCCUGACAGAGCUGGUGUAACUGAGUCAGGUUUGUAGGUCAUUGUCCAUUUGGAAGACCCAUUUGCGACCAAGCUUUAACUUCCUGACUGAUGUCUUGAGAUGUUGCUUCAAUAUAUCCACAUAAUUUUCCUGCCUCAUGAUGCCAUCUAUUUUGUGAAGUGCACCUGUCCCUCCUGCAGCAAAGCACCCCCACAGCAUGAUGCUGCCACCCCCGUGCUUCACGGUUGGGAUGGUGUUCUUCGGCUUGCAAGCAUUCCCUGGUGUUUGAAGAAUGUGAAAUUCUCCAGCUUCAACCAACCCCCCUCUAUCCUCACUUACAUCUUGCCCUGCCCACUCUAAAAUAAUAUGUGAGCGUGUAUACGUGUGUGUGCAUGUGUGUGUGCGUGUGUGUGUGUGUGUAACGCCAUGUCUAAUUGUGUUCAUUGCCCACUGAGACAAGAGGUGUGGGAGAUUAUUGACCAGCUUGUCAGCCAUGAUCAACUUGGACGUGAAGAGUCUGCAAAAGACUCUCUCUUUUUUUACAGUGUUCUUUCAGUAUUCUUUCAGUGUUCUUUAAGCAUUUUUCUACUUUUUUUCCUGUUACAUCAGUUUUUUAUCUACAUAUUUUACUGUAACCUUUUUUCCUUGCACCAUGACACCAUGACUAUUUUCUGAUAUUUGCCACUGAAAAAAGCUUCUGUGAAAAGAAAACCAUUUAAUGUAAAUGUGUCCAGGCAAUGUCUUAAAAAAUGCCUCAUACUUUCCCUUCAAAUACCCUGGGGCAGUGUGAUAUCGAGCAGAACCCCAGAAUAUAUUGCUUGUUCUCAAUAUACAUUUGGCCACGUUCCACAAAGAUGUAAUUUGUAAGAAACUAUGUACUGUCAGCAGAGGGAUUUUUUAAUCUAGAUUUUAAAAAAUUCGGCAUCAGCAGAUCAGAUGAUUGGUUUCCUGCCAUUAGUAAAGGAACAGGCAGCUUUUGCAGUUUCUUAUGGAACGUUUUUUAACAUUGAGUACAGGAGGCAAGAAAAUGUUCGCUGUUUGUCCUCACUGUACGUCUCUCUCUCUCUCUCUCUCUCACUCUCUCUUUCUCAUACUGUACCUUAGCACACAUGCACUCACUCCUGCACACCCACACAGACAUACACACACACAAACAUAUCCAUUCAUGCUACACACACAUCACAACUGCUGCUACCAGACUCUUAUUAUACUGCUCAGUUUAAACACUGCCCCCCAUCCCCCCUUCCCCAACACACGUGUAAAUAUUGGACUAUACAUUGUGCCUCCUGUAUUAUACUUAUGCUAAAAUGUUUAUUAUAUUCUACUGCGCCAUUUACUUUAUGUUCGCAUUCUUAUCUUUUAUUAUUUCUCAUUGUUGUUGCCUUGUCGAGAACAAUUUCGUUAGACGUUGUAUUCCAUGCGUAUUCCGUACAUACAACUAAUAAAAACUUGAAACUUGUAUUACACACACAGUACCAUUUUAAAUAAUAGCCAGUGUAGUGUUCAAUGGCUGUUUUAUCUUCCAUAUCUAUGUAUGUGUUUGUGCACACUUGUCUGCUAUAUGUCUGUUUUUGAGUGAAAGAACAAAGAUAAUCCAGCGGGCAAAACUGGUUGAAAUGAUAUCAUCAUCAGGUCAUAAUGAGUGACGUUAUAAUGACAUAAAUUCAACCAGUUUCACGUUCUUUUUUUAUAAUAUCAAUAUGACAUCAAUUCAACACAUUUUUUAAACUGGUUGGAUUGAUGUCAUUAUAACAUCACUCAUUAUGACCUGAUUUUAACCAGUUAUGCUUGCUGGGUAAGUGACUGUCUGUGAGUGGCGGACCUGUUUGCCAGUUUGACCCUGUGGUCCCUGUGUCACUUUAUAGGAGGGUCCCUAUGUCAUGUUGAAGAAGAACUGGGAGUUGUAUGAGGGCAACGACCAGUAUGAAGGCUACUGCGUGGACCUGGCCUCAGAGAUAGCCAAACACAUCGGCAUCAAGUAUAAGAUCGCUAUCGUGCCCGAUGGAAAGUACGGCGCCCGGGACCCGGAGACCAAGAUUUGGAAUGGCAUGGUUGGGGAGCUGGUGUACGGGGUAAGAGGGACAGGGGACUGGGGGGUGUGUGUGUGUGUAUGUGUGUGUGUGUGUGUGUGUGUGUGUGUGUGUGUGUGUGUGUGUGUGUGUGUGUGUGUGUGUGUGUGUGUGUGUGUGUGUACAUGCGCACCUUGAUUUUGUUGAGCCACUUUUUUUAUUUUAUGUUGGGUUUCACUCACACUUGACAUCCAUUUGUACAUCUGUUUAGUUAUCUGAAAGACACAGAAUCAGUUGCCUUAAACAUACAGUAAUUGUCAGAAAACAAAGACGGCUUGAAAACUGUUUAAGUUACCCGGAAUACUACUACAAAUAGCUAGAUCUUGACCAAACUAAACCAUGGCAUCUGGUAACUUUUCCAAAUAUCACAAAAUCCUGGUUCAAUUCCCUCUUGAUUCCUGGAAUCUUGCAACCGGCAUUUCUGAAAAACCAGGGAAUUUUGGGAAAGUUACCGGAAUUGUACAACCCUAGUGCUUAUAUACAGUAGCUAAGAGAUAAAGGCUGUUACAAGGUGCUGGUCCUAGGGGCUAGAGCUGGGACCAGUGUAGCGUGUCAAGUGUGAUAGAAGUGUAGGGGUUAAAGAGUGUUUUGUGUGUGAUGUGUUAAUUGUAAGAGGUGAGAGGGUUAAAUGAUGUCUGCUAAAGGAGUUAAUGGGGUCUUACUGGUGUUUACCUACAGUGGGGAAAAAAAGUAUUUAGUCAGCCACCAAUUGUGCAAGUUCUCCCACUUAAAAAGAUGAGAGAGGCCUGUAAUUUUCAUCAUAGGUACACGUCAACUAUGACAGACAAAAUGAGAAAAAAAAAAUCCAGAAAAUCACAUUGUAGGAUUUUUUAUGAAUUUAUAUGCAAAUUAUGGUGGAAAAUAAGUAUUUGGUCAAUAACAAAAGUUUUUCCAUACUUUGUUAUAUACCCUUUGUUGGCAAUGACACAGGUCAAACGUUUUCUGUAAGUCUUCACAAGGUUUUCACACACUGUUGCUGGUAUUUUGGCCCAUUCCUCCAUGCAGAUCUCCUCUAGAGCAGUGAUGUUUUGGGGCUGUCGCUGGGCAACACAGACUUUCAACUCCCUCCAAAGAUUUUCUAUGGGGUUGAGAUCUGGAGACUGGCUAGGCCACUCCAGGACCUUGAAAUGCUUCUUACGAAGCCACUCCUUCGUUGCCCGGGCGGUGUGUUUGGGAUCAUUGUCAUGCUGAAAGACCCAGCCACGUUUCAUCUUCAAUGCCCUUGCUGAUGGAAGGAGGUUUUCACUCAAAAUCUCACGAUACAUGGCCCCAUUCAUUCUUUCCUUUACACGGAUCAGUCGUCCUGGUCCCUUUGCAGAAAAACAGCCCCAAAGCAUGAUGUUUCCACCCCCAUGCUUCACAGUAGGUAUGGUGUUCUUUGGAUGCAACUCAGCAUUCUUUGUCCUCCAAACAAGACAUGUUGAGUUUUUACCAAAAAGUUCUAUUUUGGUUUCAUCUGACCAUAUGACAUUCUCCCAAUCCUCUUCUGGAUCAUCCAAAUGCACUCUAGCAAACUUCAGACGGGCCUGGACAUGUACUGGCUUAAGCAGGGGGACACGUCUUCCACUGCAGGAUUUGAGUCCCUGGCGGCGUAGUGUGUUACUGAUGGUAGGCUUUGUUACUUUGGUCCCAGCUCUCUACAGGUCAUUCACUAGGUCCCCCCGUGUGGUUCUGGGAUUUUUGCUCACCGUUCUUGUGAUCAUUUUGACCCCACGGGGUGAGAUCUUGCGUGGAGCCCCAGAUUGAGGGAGAUUAUCAGUGGUCUUGUAUGUCUUCCAUUUCCUAAUAAUUGCUCCCACAGUUGAUUUCUUCAAACCAAGCUGCUUACCUAUUGCAGAUUCAGUCUUCCCAGCCUGGUGCAGGUCUACAAUUUUGUUUCUGGUGUCCUUUGACAGCUCUUUGGUCUUGGCCAUAGUGGAGUUUGGAGUGUGACUGUUUGAGGUUGUGGACAGGUGUCUUUUAUACUGAUAACAAGUUCAAACAGGUGCCAUUAAUACAGGUAACGAGUGGAGGACAGAGGAGCCUCUUAAAGAAGAAGUUACAGGUCUGUGAGAGCCAGAAAUCUUGCUUGUUUGUAGGUGACCAAAUACUUAUUUUCCACCAUAAUUUGCAAAUAAAUUCAUAAAAAAUCCUACAAUGUGAUUUUCUGGAAUUUUUUUUCUCAAUUUGUCUGUCAUAGUUGACGUGUACCUAUGAUGAAAAUUACAGGCCUCUCUCAUCUUUUUAAGUGGGAGAACUUGCACAAUUGGUGGCUGACUAAAUACUUUUUUCCCCCACUGUACCUCCUGUGUGUUUCUGAGAGAUAACAGGGUUAAUGUACAGGUGUAGGGUGUGUGUGUCAAAAUCUAAAGUUUAUUGGUCGUGUACACAGUUUAGCAGAUGUUAUAGCAGGUGCAGCGAAAUGCUUGUGCAAAAAUGUCAAACAAGUACACAAAUAAUAAUAAAAGACUAGAACCAAGAAAUCACGAAUGUCAGAACGAAUCCAGUUAACAACCCAAAUAACAUUGUAUCAGUAACCCAAACGCAAUCUGUGUACUUACACCAAAAAUAUAUACUAAAAAUGAUAUGUACAGCAGUAGAUAUAUUAGAAUGAGCUAUGUGAAGAAUACAGUAUAUGAAUACACAGUGUGAAAAACAGUAUAAAAGAAACUGUCCAGUGUUUAAUGUCUACAAAACGUUAGGAACACCUGCUCUUUCCAUGACAUAGACUGACCAGGUGAAUCCAGGUGAAAGCUAUGAUCCAUUAUUGAUGUCACCUGUUAAAUUCACUUCAAUCAGUGUAGAUGAAGGGGAGGAGACAGGUUAAAGAAGGAUUUUUAAACCUUGAGGCAAUUGAGACAGGGAUUGUGUAUGUGUGCCAUUCAGACGGUAAAUGGGCAAGACAAAAGAUUUAAGUGCCUUUGAACGGGGUAUGGUAGUAGGUGCCAGGCACACCGGUUUGAGUGUGUCAAGAACUGCAACGAUGCAACGCUCAACAAUUUCCUGUGUGUAUUAAGAAUGGUCCACCACCCAAAGGACAUCCAGCCGACUUGACACAACUGUGGGAAGCAUUGAAGUCAACAUGGGCCAUCAUCAUGUUUGCAAGUUUGUAUAUAUGUGAGUGUGUUGCAAAUGUGCUGUAAAUGUCCUGGAUGGCAGGCAGCGUACCGCCGGUAAUGCGUUGGGCUGACCGUGAGAGCCAUUCAUUUGAGGGUGGUUCAGUUGCUGUACCAGGCGGUGAUGCAGCCCGAGAGAAUGCUCUCAAUGGUGCAUCUGUAGAAUUUCGCGAGGGUCUUAGGGGCCAUGCCAAAUUUAUUCAGCCGCCUGAGGUUGUAGAGGCGCUGUUGCGCCUUCUUCACAACGGUGUCGGUGUGGUGGGACCAUUUCAGGUACUCAGUGACGUGCACGCCAAGGAACUUGAAGCUUUUGACCCUCUCCACUCCGGCCCUGUCGAUGUAGAUUUGGGCGUGCUCCCGCCUCUUUUUUUACGUUGAGGGAGAGGUUAUUUACCUGAUACUACUCUGCCAGGGCUCUAACCUCCUCCCUGUAGGCUGUCUCGUCAUUGUUGGUAAUCAGACCUAGCACUGUCAGUAAACUUGAUGAUUGAGUUGGAGUUAUGAGUAGCCACGCAGUCAUGGGUAAACAGGGAGUACUGGAGGGGGCUGAGCACACACCCCUGGGGAGCCCCCGUGUUGAGGAUCAGUGUGGCGGAGGUGUUUUUGUCUACCCUCACCACCUGGGGUCAGCCCAUCAGGAAGUCUAGGACGCAAUUGCACAGGGAGGGGUUCAGAUCCAGGUCCCUGAGCUUAGUGACAUACUUGGAGGGUACUAUGGUGUUUGGAAGCAGAGCUGUAGUCGAUGAACAGCAUUCUCACACACGUAUUCCUCUUGUCCAGGUGGUAUAGGGCGGUGUGCAGUGCAAUGGUAUGCAAAUUGUAGUGGGUCUAGGUGAUAUGGUCAUUGACUAGCCUUUCAAAGCACUUCAUGGUGACAGAGGUGAGUGCUGUGUGUGCGUUUGUGUGUGUGUGUGUGUGUGUGUGUGUGUGUGUGUGUGUGUGUGUGUGCGCACGCAUGUAAAGGCUUAAGGAGCUUGCAGUGCUCUUACGGUGCAGAGGGAAGCUGUGAGCCCAGAGCUUAGCCCGUCAGCACUUUACUGUCUCUAAGACCUUGCCUGGUGACCAUUCACCUUCUGACAGUCCCUUUCAAAGCCUGUGUCACCGCAAAAGGUCUCCCCCUAUUUCAGCCCUGUCAUGUAUUUGAAUGCAUCCUCAAUGCAAGCCGACCUGUCAUUUUAGUACAUUUAUGCUGAAGACGAAGGAAAUUGUAUCUCUGUUUUUUCUCCCACUCUCUUUCCCUCCAUGCAAUGUGUCGGCUUGUUGUAAUAUAUCAAACGUUAAUUAAUUUUUUGUGGAUUGAUCCCGAAUUCCCCACAGCCGACGCCCAGGCAGGCAAGGUCAGAAGUGUCACUAAAUCACUAACAAUAAUCUGGUUUGUGGAUUUCCCACAAAUAAGCAAUAUUCGCUCUCACAGAAUCUUCCAUUUCUUUUGUUGUUAACAUAUUUCUCCAACGAUGAUAUUUCAUCCCCUUCUCCUUCCAGCCUUUUGAAUUAAGCCACUGGGAUUAG